AGUAAGCUGAUGUGAUUUGGGUUCUGUCUGUAGAAGUGGCUGAGUCCUCACAGAAAAUCUUUUCGUAGCAUUUCAAGUGAAAAAUUAGAGAGGAGCUGUAAUCUGUACCAUCCUUUUCAGCAUCAACAGCAGACAAGAUGACUCUCAGAAAGGAACUCCAAAGCCGAAACUUCUGGCGGUCUGUAAUGGCAGAAAUCACUGGCACUUUAAUCUUUAUCUUAGUGGUGUUAGGGGCUUCAUCCCCUGGUCAAGAAGGACCCACUGCCAUUUUACAGAUAGCACUAGCUGCAGGAUUCUCAGCUGUCAGCCUUAAUCACUGCUUUGGAGAGAUCAGUGGGGCCCAGAUAAAUCCAGCUAUAACCCUUGCAUUUCUCUGUACCCGAAAACUGGACUUUCUGUACUGCAUUUCGCACAUUGUCGCACAGUGCUUGGGAGCCAUUAUGGCAACUGGCAUAUUAUUCCUAUUGCUCCCUAACAAAAGCACAGCAGGACAACUAGUCAGUAGGAUUAACAAUGAUGGCAAUGCUGGACAGGCACUGAGCAUGGAGAUUGUCUCCACCUUUCAGCUGGUUUUCACUAUAUUUGCUGUUGAAGAGCACAGGCGUCGUGAGGUGGGAGAACCAGGUAGCAUGGCAAUUGGAUGUUCCUUGGCAGCAGGAAUGCUAGCAGCUGGAAGAUUUUCUGGAGGAAGUAUGAAUCCAGCACGUUCUUUUGGACCAGCUGUAAUCAUUGGGAGUUGGGAUUAUCACUGGGUAUAUUGGCUGGGUCCCAUGCUUGGUGCUGUCCUUGCUGGAAUCUCCUAUGAGUUUUUUUUUGCCUCCAGUGCUUCAAGGGAAAAACUUGUGGCAUGCAUUACUUGUAAGGAUAUAGAGAUUGUGGAAACAGUCAGUGUGUCCCAGUCAUCUCUCUCAUUUGCCACACAGUCUGCCAUCCGAGCAAAACAGGCAAACAAGCAUGACAACAACUAG